AGUGAAAGAGGUUGUUAUUUUAGGGUUAGACUGUGAAGAGUUGAAUAUCUUUGCUUUGCCUUAAGAUAGCAAACUAUCCUUGAAUUAAAAUGAAAUUGGUUUCCAAUAAAAACAAUACUGCAGCACUGAAAAUUUCAAUAGCUGCUGAAUUUGGUCUUAAACAGUUGGAUAUUGACUUUGUUGAAAAGCCUCUUUCAGAAGGUUGUAUAAAAAGACUACCUUUAUUAGAGGUAUCACCUGGUGACAUAUUGUUUUCAACGAAUGCUGCUUCUUAUUUUCUCUACCCUCCUCCUGAAAGGUUAGAAGUAGCAGUUGACAACUGGCUUGACUGGGAAGCUGUGCACUUACAACCUUCUAUACUUCGUUGUAUUGACUCCAAAGGACUAUUUACUGAACCUCUUCAAUCCCAUCUAACUCUGCUUGACAAUGCUCUUAAAAAGUCCAAGUGUUUAGUCAAGGAUGAAGUAUCUGUGGCCGAUAUUGUUAUCUGGAGCACUACAUUCCCUUUGUUCACUGAAGAGAAGUUUAAACCUCAACUCAUUGACUUAAAGGCACUUGGGGAGUGGUUUUCCACAAUCCAAAAACUUGCACAGGUUCAGGCAAGUUUGGACAAAUUGAAGCCUGAGGGAGGAAUGGUUUCACUCCAAAGUAUUUCUUGUACCACUUGGUAUCCAUCAAGUCAGCCUAUCUUUUCAUCUGUCUCUGAGAUUUCCAAUAAAGAACCGCCCGUGAAGGAAUCAGAAUUAGAAGAGGUGAAACAGUACUGGAACGCGAAAGUGGGAGAGAGACCUAAACCGAAGCCAGUUGUAGUCCCUGUACUUCCGAAGGCUGGAGAGAAAAAUGUACUGGUGACGUCAGCACUGCCUUAUGUUAACAAUGUUCCUCAUCUCGGAAACAUCAUUGGUUGUGUUCUUUCAGCUGAUGUUUUUGCAAGGUACAGCCGCUUGCGUAAUUGGAACACUCUGUACAUCAGUGGUACAGAUGAAUAUGGCACUGCCACGGAAACAAAGGCUUUGGAGGAAAAACUCACACCUCGACAGAUCUGCGACAAGUACUUUGAAAUCCACCGAGACAUCUACGCUUGGUUCAACAUUCAGUUUGACUUGUUCGGUGCUCGCACCACCACUCCUCAGCAGACAGAGAUAGUUCAAGAUCUGUUUCUGGGCUGCCACAAGAACGGUUUCACAACCACCCAGUACAUGGACCAGCUUUUAUGUAAAAAUUGUGAUAGGUUUCUGGCUGACCGGUUCGUGGAGGGCACCUGUCCCAAGUGUGGGUAUGAGGACGCAAGAGGUGAUCAGUGCGAUAAGUGUGGCCAACUGAUCAACGCUACAGAACUGAUCAAGCCUCGUUGUAAAGUGUGUAGUAAAACGCCGGUUGUACAACAGUCUCAGCAGAUAUUCCUGGACCUCCCUAAGAUAGCUCCUAGAUUGCAAACCUGGGUGAAUCAAACUUCCUCUGGAUGGACCCAGAAUGCUGAAAUGAUAACCAAGUCCUGGCUGAAGGAAGGACUGAAGCCUCGGUGCAUCACCAGAGACCUCAAGUGGGGAAUACCAGUACCUCUGGCAGGAUUUGAGCAAAAGGUGUUCUACGUGUGGUUUGAUGCUCCGAUAGGCUACAUCAGUAUGACCAAGUGCUAUACAGAUCAGUGGAAGCAGUGGUGGCAGCCUAACCCUCAGGUUGAGGUGGAGUACUCCAUGUUCAUGGCCAAGGACAAUGUUCCCUUCCACAGCAUCAUGUUUCCUGCCACCCUCAUGUCCGUGGACAGAGGGUACACCAAUGUUCGACACGUUUGUGCAACAGAGUACCUGAACUAUGAAGAUGGCAAGUUCUCUAAGUCUAGAGGGGUGGGAGUGUUCGGCAAUGAUGCCAGAGACACGGGCAUACCGGCCGAUGUUUUCCGGUUCUACUUGUUGUACGUGAGACCCGAGAGUCAGGACUCAUCCUUCUCUUGGCUGGACCUGGCCACCAAGAACAACUCCGAGCUUCUCAAUAACUUGGGUAAUUUCGUCAACAGAGCUCUUACGUUUUGUGAGAAGUUCUUUGAGAGCAAAGUGCCGGAAAUGGUGAUGACAGAUGAGGAGUGGACUCUUCUGGCACUCGUGACUCGUGAGGUGAGGGCCUAUAACCGAGCAAUGGACCGUACUCGCUUCCGGGAGGGUAUGAUGAGCAUUAUGACCGUUGCACGGCUUGCCAACCAAUACAUGCAAGUGUGUGAGCCUUGGCAGGCCAUCAAGGGCUCUGAGCAGGACAAGGUGAGAGCUAGGACGUGUGUUGCAGUCUCCAGCAACAUCGCAUGUCUACUCACCGUCUUGCUGAAGCCCUACAUGCCCCAGACUUCGGAGGUUAUGGCUGCUCAGAUCAAUGCACCCAAGGACAUGUUUGUGUUGUCCGACCAUGUCUACCAAAUCCUUGCUCCAGGACAUCGCAUUGGAAAACCAGUCCCACUGUUUGCCAAGAUAGAGCCUUCUACAGUGGACAAACUCAAGAAAAGGUUUGCAGGGCGACAGCAGACACCACCUUCUGUGAAAAUACCCGCAGUGGACCCAACCAUUGAUUCUCUGGAAAAGAUGGAAGCAGCUGUGAAAAAACAGGCUGAUCUUGUAAGGACAAUGAAGGAAGGAGGGGCAGCCAAGGAUGAGUGGCAGCCUCACGUAGCUGUCUUGUUGGAAAUGAAGAAACAGUUGGAAGGCAUGAAACUUGCCACUUUGAAGGAAACUGUUCCAUCACCUAAUGGGAAAAUACAGACUUUGGAAGAGGAGAUUGCCACACAGGGAGAGAAAGUGCGGGUAUUAAAGCAAGGAGGCAAGCCCAAGUCAGAGUGGCAACCGGAGGUAGACAAGCUGCUGGCAAUGAAGAAAGAAUUAGCGGCACUGAAAGGUGAACCUGAUCCAACGAUCAAGAAGAAAAGCAAAAAAUGACAACUCAGCCCUUGAGAUCUAAAAGAGACCGAAAAUAGCCUUAUUGACAUGGAAGAAGUUCUGAGAAUUUUUAUCAAUAUGAAUACAGUUUUAUUUAUUUAUUUAAUUUUAUAGUUUUCUAAAUAUGUUGUUAUUGUUACUUUAUUCAAAGUAGAUAUUAUUUUACCACUGUUUGAAUUAAUUAAUUCUUUUGUGUGGAUAGUUUUUUUAUUACGAUUUUCAAAAAUAAUUUUAUUUGUAAUACGUUUAAAAUUUUGGUUGACGAACAAGAAGUACUUGCUUGGACAAUCUCCUGAUUGCUAGCUAAGCAAAAAGAGUUGUCUAUUAAACAAACGUAUACUCGCUAAGUGAUUUGGUAGCUGUCUAACCUUUAUAGGCCACUUUGUGGUUGACAUUCAAUAUACACCUUUUGCAAUAUGAAUUUAGUGUCUAUAUUGUAAACAUUUUUAUGAGGUGCUUACAUUUUUUCUUAAGACACACAAAACUGUUAUUAUCUAAAUUUACAUCAAGUGUAUACAGUACAAUUUGCUUUAGUUAUUUCAUAUUUAUAUUUCAUAAUAACAUGGGAACAGUACAUGGAAUAGCCAAGCAAUAAUUAAAAUAUAUUUGGCAUGGAGAAAUAAACUUACCUAGUGAUAUUAUAAAUAUAUGAGUAUGGAACAGCAAGUACUUCUUGUUCAUUGAUACAAAUGUGAUGUGAAGUUUGGCUAUUGUCAUCUGUAUAAAGUAAGUUUAUACACAUAAAGAAUUUUAAAACUA